GAGUGAGUGAGUGUGUGUGAGUGCCAUGGCCGGAGCCCGCUGAGAGUGACAAUAGGAGCGAGCCGGAGCGCGACCCCGACGCCCACCGGGAUCCCCCCUCUCACCUGAGCCAGCCGCCGGCGGAAGAGGCCUUCCCUCCCCGCGCAGCACCGCCGCGCCGCCCGCCCGGCCUGCCCCCCCCGGCCGCCCGCACCGCGCCCGCCGCUCCCCCCCGGCUCGGCCCGCACUCGGCUCCCCUCGCGCCCCCCCGCCUCCUCAGGGCCCCUCCGCAGGGCUCCGCCGGGAAUGUGAGUGAGGCCGCAGCCAUCGCAGGCAGGGGGCUGCGCCGAGUGCAUGGGACUGAGCGGAGCCCGAGCAGCCGCCCGCUCCUGAACCCGCCGCCAACGCCGCCCUGCGCUGGGGAGGCCGCCAACGCCGCCGAGGCCUACAGGCUCCUGCGCCGCCGCCGCCGCCGCCGCCGCGGCAGGGACCGAGCCCGGCGCGUACCACACUCGGGCCGCCGCCGCCAGGCAUCGGCCGCGCUCCGCCAAGCCCGGCUCACGCCGCCGCCGCCUCCAUCCCGUCUCCGGCUUCUCUACCAGGAGGGUCAAGUAGGGAUAUGUCCUCAGCACCAACUACUCCUCCAUCAGUGGAUAAAGUAGACGGAUUUUCUCGGAAGUCCGUCAGAAAAGCCAGACAGAAGAGGUCACAAAGCUCCUCCCAGUUUAGGUCUCAGGGCAAGCCUAUCGAGUUAACUCCCCUGCCUCUGCUAAAAGACGUUCCAUCUUCAGAGCAGCCUGAACUGUUCCUAAAGAAACUUCAACAGUGCUGUGUCAUUUUUGACUUCAUGGACACGCUUUCAGACCUUAAAAUGAAAGAAUACAAGCGCUCCACUCUUAAUGAACUGGUGGACUACAUUACAAUAAGCAGAGGCUGUUUGACAGAGCAGACUUACCCUGAAGUAGUUAGAAUGGUAUCUUGCAAUAUCUUCAGAACUCUCCCACCUAGUGACAGCAAUGAAUUUGAUCCUGAAGAAGAUGAGCCCACCUUGGAGGCAUCAUGGCCACAUUUACAGCUUGUAUAUGAGUUUUUCAUACGAUUUUUGGAAAGCCAAGAAUUUCAGCCCAGCAUUGCCAAAAAGUACAUAGAUCAGAAAUUUGUAUUGCAGCUGUUGGAGCUGUUUGACAGUGAGGACCCUCGAGAACGAGACUACCUAAAAACAGUCUUGCACAGAAUUUAUGGCAAGUUUCUGGGUCUUAGAGCAUUUAUCCGAAAACAGAUUAAUAAUAUUUUUCUACGAUUUGUUUAUGAAACUGAACACUUCAAUGGCGUAGCUGAACUGUUGGAAAUUUUAGGAAGUAUUAUCAAUGGUUUUGCUUUACCUCUUAAGGCAGAGCAUAAACAGUUUCUGGUGAAGGUGCUGAUCCCUUUACAUACUGUCAGGAGUUUAUCCCUCUUCCAUGCACAGCUGGCGUAUUGCAUAGUACAGUUUCUGGAGAAAGACCCCUCACUCACAGAACCAGUUAUUAGAGGUUUAAUGAAAUUCUGGCCAAAAACCUGCAGUCAGAAAGAGGUCAUGUUCCUAGGAGAGCUGGAGGAAAUCUUGGAUGUAAUUGAACCAUCACAAUUUGUCAAAAUCCAGGAACCCUUGUUUAAACAAAUUGCCAAGUGUGUCUCUAGCCCUCAUUUUCAGGUGGCCGAAAGAGCACUGUAUUAUUGGAAUAACGAAUACAUCAUGAGUUUGAUAGAAGAGAAUUCAAAUGUUAUACUUCCCAUCAUGUUUUCCAGUCUUUAUAGGAUUUCUAAAGAACACUGGAAUCCGGCUAUUGUGGCUUUAGUCUACAAUGUGUUGAAGGCAUUUAUGGAAAUGAACAGCACCAUGUUUGACGAGCUGACAGCCACUUACAAGUCAGAUCGUCAGCGUGAGAAGAAGAAAGAGAAAGAGCGUGAAGAACUGUGGAAAAAACUGGAGGAUUUGGAAUUAAAGAGAGGUCUUAGACGUGAUGGAAUAAUUCCAACUUAACACAAAAACAAAACAGCAUUAUUAACCUGUGGAGUCACACAUUUAUGUAGUAGAAGAUGGAGCAACAGUUUUCUGUAUUGUGCAACUUUACAGUAGAUUUCACAUUUGUUUCAUUAUUACAACAGCACUGUAUAUACCUGUCUCUAAGUAAAGGAAAAAAAAUAAGGACUUUAAUCCAAAGUUUGGACAGCAGAUGGACUUCUCAGAACUUUGCAAACAUAGUCAUUGUUUUGACCCUUCUUUAAAACCAGUCUUCAAAGAUCUGUUGAUGAAAAUUGCGAUGUCGAAUUCCAUUGUGAGGACCUGUUCCUUAUUUAUCGUUAGCAGAGAGUAUAAUACAACUUUCAAAUGUGAACAAUCUUAAAAUUUAGCUUGUCUUUCUGCUAAACUGUUAAGUGUAUUUAUAGUAAAAGAGAAAAAAGACUGUCAUUUCCUUAUGAGUUUGUGUAACAUCCUCCUUCUCUGGAUAACUUUACUGUAAUUUGACUUUUCUUCCUUUUGCACAUCUUCAUAAGUUGAAUGUCCAUUCAGAUCAGGGCCCUGAAAAACACAGGUCCUGAAUAAAAGUUUUGUUUACUGGUGUGAGCAUUUUUUUUAGUACCAGGCUGUCUCUGGUGCUUCCUUAAUUUGAACAUUAGGAGUUAAAAAAAAACAAGUAGGUGAUAAACAUAGUAGUAAAGGGAGCUUUGGAUUCAUGCACCUAUUUAUUGCAAAUCCAAAUUUGUGUCCACAAUCCUUUAAAAAUGGGCAGUGGUAACACCCUGGACUUCAGUACCUAACCAGUAUUAGUGAUGCGGCAUUGGACACACAUACGGAACUUGUUUUAGAAAUACUAAUUGCUAAAUUAUUACAGUAUGUUUUUAUUCGACCAUUUCGAAAGAAUAGACAAGUGCUAAACAGUGCAAGGAUGAAACUGAUCUCCAGUGGUUAUGGAUCUAAUUGGAAAUCGAGUUGAGAUAGCAGUUUGGACUGUUUGGAGUUGUUGCCUUACUUUUUAAUAUGUAUUUAUAAAGUGUUCCAGCAAAAGAGGAUGUAGCCUCUAAGAAACAUACUGUAGUGUUUUUGUGGUUCUAGUACUAUUACUCAUCACAGUACCAGCCCUAUGGUCUUAGCUGGAAAGGAUUCUGGAUAAUAACUUCUGCAUUCUCAUCUGGAUGCUCAUUCCUAACUACUGUAUUUGUUACCAAAAGAGGUUCUACAAAUGCUACUGAAAAAAAUUCUGGAAAUCCUAAUGUUCUGAGUAUUAAUAAUAAAGUUUAAAAUGCUUUUAUAUCAAAGGUGCAUUGUGACCAAAUUGUUUAAAACAAAAGAAAAAAAAAACAAACACAAAAACAACGAAAGAGGGCUGUAUUAUAAGUAUACAUUAUUGGCUAUCUGCUUUGUAUUUGAAAGUGGAAUCUUACAUCUUUGGUAGGUAAAAUGCUGAUAAGACUUAUGUACAGUAUAUAUUUAGCUAAUGCAGUUGCAUUAUUAUAUACCGAAAGGUAUGUGUUUCAGGAUUUUUCUCCAGGAUGCUUUUGAACUGUUAUAGACGUAUGACAACAGUGAAUUGAUAAUCCUAAACCAUCAAUCCAGCAGUAUUUACAGUAUAAAACUGAAUUGGUGUUCAUGAGUCUUUGUGAUAGUUGCAAACAUGAAUUUAUGACCUGUUGCCAUUGAUAGAAAUACAGUAUAAAUACAAGCUUGUAUAUUUUUAUUCCUACCAUUUAAAUAUACAGUAGGACUUGAAGUUUUCUUGUUUUCAGGUGUGGAAAAGAGGUAAAAAAGAAUUCCCUCCUAGACUACUGACUGUUUCAGGAUUAUCAGGUCACAGUUUGUAUUCCUGGGUCUGCGCACACAAAUGUUGUGAACAACGAUUUUGUAAAAACUUGGCACUGUUAAUUCUGAAAAAAACAAACGUGGAACUAGUCUUAUGCAACACCAAACACAACAUGGUUUAGUGGGAUUAAUAUGAGCUUCUUUUAAGAACAUUGACUGGGACGCAAUGUAAAUUAGGCAGUUACUGUCAUAGUUGAAACAUUUUAUUUUAAAGUGCUGAAGCAAAGGUGCAAGCUGAAAUACUGAAGAUUAAAUAAAUUUAUAACAAAUCAUAUCCCUUAGCCCAUUGAUUUUGACAGUCUUUCAUUUCUGUUACCAAAAAAUACUUGCUAGUGUGAUUUCUGUGUGAAAUGAUCUUGCUUUACGAGAGGGUGGACUUAAAUUCAUGCUCAAAGACUAUGUUCAAUUGUGAAAAACUGAGAUAGAAUGCAAUGCAGGAAGAAAAGAUUAAUAUUUUCCACCUGGUGGAGUAAAACACAACAAUAUGAAAUUAGAAAAAGCACCUUGUCCUGUACUUAGAGUUUAGGUGAGUGUUGUUUGUUCAUAACUAUUUUUGGUUUUGACAUGAUAUUCUGGUGUUGAUCAUACAAAACUGAUGAGAACCUGAUGGGUUGCAAUAUUUUGUUAACCUCUGAUGUUACCUCUGAUGUGGGGAUAGUGGGGAGUAUCUAAAGUUUAUAGAUGAUUUAUCACUUCCGAGAAGGAAUGUUUCUUUUUAAGUGAACGAGACGAUGUGAUAUUAGUCACUUGACUCUAAAAGGCUGAUACGACACUAGGUUGCACGGUGCAAUGUACAUGAAGAAGCACUUGCCACAGUGAUACGACCGUACCCCCGGGAUCCACUGUUUGCCGCGAUCCAAAUGCGAUGCCCUGGCGCUCUGCAGAGCUCCCACUGGUACCCACUGGAGUUGUAGGCAAAGGUGGCGGCAGCAUAUGGGCCCAAGUGUGAUCAGUGCGUCUAUUUAAUUAUGCUUUCAUUUGCUUUUUGAGUUCCAGAAACUACCUUAUUUGUGUAAAUGUUUUUGUUAACUGCUCGUACAGCAGUUGUUGGGUGGUCGCUCGUAUCCUGUGCCAUAUUGGUUUCAGGAGAAAGGGUUGCUCUCUGGUAAAAGGAAAGAGCUGCAUUUUCAAUACUAGGGCAUUGCAUCAGGUUGUGGGGAUAGAACGACUGUAAAAGUUCCUCUCAUAUACUUUAAAUUGGGCACACAUUGCUUUCUUCAUCUUGCAAGUCUCCCUUAUUGUUUUCCUUUCAUUGCUUUUUGAGUGUUUUUUGUCUCUCUUCCAAAGGUUGGAAUGCUUUAAAUAAAAGUAUUCUAAUGCCAUUGGAGUGUUCGCUAGCGGGGUUACAGUAAAUUUAAUCUUGGUUUUGUUAGCAUAAAUAAAAGGAUUUGAUUUAUUUUUUUAUCUCCUCCUAUAUAUGGAAAAAUCAAGGGUGUUAGAGCCAAGAAUUGCUUGAGUAAGAAAUGCAGCAGCUGUACUUAAAUGUGCGUAAGUACAGCCUCAGGCUCUCAUGCUCCUUAUGGAAAGGAAAAUGCAUUAGGAGCUUAAAAAACCUCUUUAUUGUUUUGUGAGGAAGGGGAAAGACUAGAUUCUUCUCUUCCCAAGUAAAACUGAAAUAAUUUGCUUUUAUUUCUGUCUUGGAAAACAAAGAUGGCCUUUUCUCUUAAUUGUGUAACAGUACCAUCCCAAAGCAGUUGCCCUAAAACAAGACGAAGGUGACAAUGCUCAAGGUUGAGGAAUGUUUUUGUUUACAUGUGGCUUUUUUCAUUUUUGGCUCACCUGCUUCCCUUAGCAGCUCUGGAGUGAGCCACAAAUUAGUUUUUCUAGUUGGUAUGUGCAGCAGAUUUUGUAUAGCCCAGUAUUCUGUUUUGAAGUCUAUGAAGCCGUAUCUUGAAACAAAAUGGAAUUAAUUUUGAUUGAAAACUUUUAUCCAAGUGUUGCUUCGCAUCCACAGAAGCAUACGCAUUUUAUCAUGACCUCUCUGAAUACAAAUUUUUGUUAUUUGGAUCACUUACUGUAAAUAUGUUGUAUUCAUAACCUCAUGUAACAAUGAGGAAUUUUCAAAUAUAAAUAGUACUGAUACAUUUCUUGUUGUUGUCCUAUUUUUGAUUGUAGUAUAGCGAAUGACCUGUCAUGCUUUUUGUUUCAAGGCUAGCAUUAGGUUCAUAGAUCUUAAUAUUUUAGCAUUUCAUUGUUUAAGCAGGAGAGGGCAGCAAAAGUUCAUUUUUCCCCAUAGGAAUGCUCUGGUCCAUUACUGUUUUUAAAUUUAGAUGCAUUUAACUAUCUGUGGGUAGGGGGGAAGAUGAAACAUUUUUUAUAUAUAUUAAAAGGUGCAUAUGAAAAUAUAUAGACUGGUCCAACCAGACUGUGAAAAUGUCUUCUACUCUACACCGAAGUAAUAAUAAAAGAAUACCUUCCACCUCUGGAUAAAGUACAAGCAGGUCUUAAGCUCUUGGAUUCAGAUGUCAUUCUUUGGAAAUAGUUUACUUUCUUAAAAAUGGUAUCAAAGAAACUCGAACUCAAUGGUGCUCCCAGCUAUAAAUGUGUAAUCUUCCUCUUUUGCACAUGCUCAAGAGGCUCUGUACUGCGGGCGCAUCUAAAUAAAGAAGCAAUGAAGUGUU